CAAAGCCUCUGCUCUCCAACUUACCCGGUCUUCCUCAACUCCAACACGCAAGAGGCCCGAAGAGUCUCGCGAGGCGAAGGUGGAAAGGAUGCUGUCCCACAACGGCACGAGCUUGCAUCCACAACCACACCCGCAGCCGCAAUCGCAGCCGCUUCACCAGCAGCAGCCGCAGCAGCAACUUCCGCGACCGCACUCGACUCCAGUCAAGCGAAGGAGGCGAACCGGUCACGGCCCUGAUGCGCGGUCCUGUCCUCACUGUGGACGAACAUUUAAGCGCACCGAGCACUUGGAGCGCCAUGUGCGAACGCAUACCAAGGAGAAGCCAUUCAUCUGUCGAUGUGGAGCUGCCUUUGCCCGGCGUGACUUGCUGACCCGCCACCAGCGAAUUGCUUUCCACGAGGAUGGAUCCGAGUCCCCGGGUGUCCCAUCGGAGCCGGACUCGGGAGAAACCCAUGGGCCUGUUGAGGCUGAUCUGGCUGCUGCCGUCUCCCUCUCGGGAAUGAGCGUGGACCAUUGGGCACAGCAACAGCCACCUGCACCACCGUCAGAACUGUAUCCCAUGGCGGUCCCACGGAACGAAGCUCUCGUAGAUGCCUCAUAUCAACAGGCUCUGCUCGGAGAUCAAUUCUAUGUUAAUGGUAAUCAAGAUGCUGCGGGAUUUGACGCCCACUUCAGAGAGUUUGCCAACUUCCUCGAUGGUGUUGGGCUGCCAGCGGAAUGGAGCCCCUACUUCCACGGCCCUGACAGAGAUCACGAGGUUACCGACACAACGGUGAGAAUGUCUAGAGAAGGGACUGCUACGCCGGGGGCACGUAACAGUAGAACUCGGCCGGGAACGCCUUUCAGUUCAUGGCUACCAUCAGCGCCCACUGGCAAUCGGAUAUCUGAAACCUUGCCAGAUACGAACCCACGGUCUGUUGACAUUGAUUCGCAACCGUAUCGUAUAUCAGACGAGCAGCGGUAUCGUCUCAGUAGCUCCGUCGAAACAUUUCGAGACAUUCUCGAUCCAGACUUCAAGUUCCCAUCACGGCAUGCCUUGUCGCGCUAUCUGACCUCAUUCUUUGAAGGAUUUCACUCGCACAUGCCGUUCAUCCACACGCCAACGUGGCGAGUCCCUGAACAUUCCAUUGAACUCAUUCUUGGCCUCGCUGCAGUCGGCGCCCAGUAUUGCUUCGAGCAUCGAAUGUCCGAGAGACUCUUUCACGCGGGCAAGGCCAUUCUUAUGGAGAGAUUAAUGCACGAGUCGGAAACGUUUGGUGUGAAUACCGGUUCGUCCCUCAAUCUUCACAACCUGACGCCGCAACGCCGCACCUCGCAAGGAUUUAGGGAGAGGGACUGGGGUCCUUGGGAACCAAUAGAAACAGUUCGAGCCCUGAUUGCUCUCAUGGGUUACGCAACUUGGGAGCCCAAAGUGUCCCUCGUGCAGGAAGCGUUUGCUCUACAGGCACUUCUGGCACAGAUCCUUCGGAAAGUUGGUCUUUGUGAAGAAGAUGUCCCUCAACUUCCUGCCGAUCAGGCCACCCCGCAAGCCGCCUGGCAAGCAUGGGUGCGACAGGAGUCUACGCGCCGAGCCAAGCUCAUUGCCUUUUCCUUCAUGCACACUCACAGCAUUGCCUAUAACGUGUAUCCUGUGCUGCGUAGCAACGAGGUUGGCCUCCGACUCCCUUGCUCGACUGGAGAGUGGAAAGCGCAGUCGGCGAGUCAGUGGCAGACUGCUCGCCAAGAAACUGAGAAGCAACAACUCUACUUCCAAGACGCUCUCUCUUUGCUAUUGAGGAACACUGACGGGACCGCUCCCGUCGACCCCAUUCCAACACCACUGGGUAACUACAUCCUCUUGCAUGGGCUUCUCCAGAGAAUCUUCAUUGUCCGCGAUUUGUCUCUCCCAGUCAUGGAUCAGUCAGCGUCUCUUCCCAUUGAAGAGGUUGAUAAACUUGAACGAGGCCUGCGUUCCUGGACUGCAGGGUGGCAGCAAGCUCCCGAAUCUAGUCUUGACCCCAACAACGAGAAUGGACCCAUCCCAUUCACGUCCAGCUCUUUGCUCGGCCUCGCCUAUGUGCGCAUCUACCUUCACCUUGGUCCGUACCGGCUUCUUGAAUCUCGAGACCCUAUGCGUAUCGCCAAGGCCAUCAACCGGUCUCCUGCCGUGGAGCGGAGUGGUGGUGUCAUCACCGCGCUGCUGUACACUGCUCAUAUGCUCAGCAUCCCUGUACGACUUGGCGUUGACCGCGUCGCGCGCAGCCAGGCAUUCUUCUGGAGCGUUCGUCACUCACUUUCGGGGCUAGAGUGUGCGGUUCUGCUCAGUAAAUGGCUCUCAUCACUCACUGAAUCCGUCGCGACAACGCCUCUUAGUGUAACAGACAGCGAGGAUCGGAUCUUGCAUUGGGUUCGAUGCAUUGUGGAAGAGGCGUACGAUGUCGUCGAUUUUGAAGACGAUGAGCCCGAAACAUCAGUAGAUCGAGAUCCUGCCUCACUGAGCCUCGCGGUUCUGAGAAUAUGGGCACACUUUUUCAAAAGCAACACGCAAUGGCCCUUCAUCAACAUCAUCGGAAAGAGCUUGGAGAAGUACCGUGAGUUACUUAUGCGCAGCAGAAAGCAGAUGGUCACUUGA